CGGCCGCGUCUCUGAGUUUCCAGUUCCGGCCUCACAGGGGCGGGGAGAAGCUUUGAACAUGCGGUUGUCGUUCGCCGCCGCGAUCUCCCACGGCCGCGUAUACCGCCGCCUAGGCCUUGGUCCUGAGUCCCGCAUUCACCUGUUGCAGAACUUGCUUACGGGACUGGUGCGACACGAACGCAUCGAGGCGUCAUGGGCACGCGUGGACGAGCUGAGGGGCUACGCCGAGAAGCUUAUUGACUACGGGAAGCUGGGAGACACCAACGAACGAGCCAUGCGCAUGGCGGACUUCUGGCUCACGGAGAAAGACUUGAUCCCAAAGCUGUUUCAAGUACUGGCCCCUCGGUACCAAGGUCAGAAUGGGGGCUACACGAGAAUGCUGCAGAUCCCAAAUCGGAAUCAGCAGGAUCGGGCCAAAAUGGCAGUGAUUGAGUACAAAGGGAACUGUCUCCCACCCCUGCCUCUGCCACGCAGAGACAGCAACCUUACACUCCUAAACCAGCUGCUUCAGGGGCUGCGGCAGGACCAGGAAGCAAGCACCCGCAGCUCCCACCCAGCUCAAACACCAGAGGUUUAACUGAAGCCAAAGGGCAUGUGGCCCUCAUCAGUGCCCAUGAUCAAGGCUGCCCAUGAUCACAGGCCUUGGGAGCUCUUUUAAGCUCUGAAAACUGGAGCUUGAGUUGUAAAAUGGACUGUCUGAUUGGAGUCUGGAGCCCAGAACUUUCUGAGAGCCAGAUACCCUUUUCUUGGCACAAUAGGUAAAAAUCCAUUGUAUGUAUGUAAACUGAUUGUUUUCCCCCCUUUGGAUUUCUGGAGAAUGAGAACUCUCCACAUCGGUCUGUAUGAGGUAGUAAAUUCAUGGCAUGUUUCUGGCUCUUAA